AUGUCGCUGGAAGAAGUCAAGCAGCAGCGCUUACUAACCCGGAAAAACAUGUCCCGCAUAAGGACAAUAGUGGAGACAAGCGAAAGUAAAACUGGAAAAAUACUUUCGCCCAUCGAACUCAAGUGUCGACUCGGAAUUUUAGAUUCCUAUUUUAAGCAGGGGUUGGGCUAUCAAACGCAAAUCGAGAAGCUCGAUCCAGAAGACAAUGGUCGGGGUGACCUGGAAGACCUCUACGUCACCAUCCGUUCAAACAUCCAGAUGCAGCUCGGUGAAGAUGAACACAACUCAACGUUUCGUGAAUCAACAGCAGCAAUUCCUGUUUCGCAUUCAAAAAUACCAGCAUUAAAAUUACCCGUAUUCUGUGGAAGGUACUCAGAAUAUAAAAAUUUCAUCGCAUCAUUCAUGCACGUCAUCGGAAAUGAGUCAUCGCUGUCUAAUAUUGAGAAGUUCAACCAUCUCCUCAAUUGUUUACAAGGGCAGGCCUUGGAGACUGUGAAGGCGUUCCAAAUCACCAGCGAGAACUACUCAAAGGCAUUAGACAGAUUAAAGUCCCGUUACGACAAUAGCACGCUCAUCUUCAUGGAAACCAUCAAGUCGUUAUUCGAGCUGCCUUCUGCUGCAAAAGGUGGUGCUUCUCAGUUACAAAGUUUGGUCGACAACGUGUCUGCACUUUAUAGUUCGCUGUUGUCAAUCGGCUCUGAUAAAAACAUUUCGCAUUUACUGCUCAUUCACCUUGUAAUGGACAAGGUUGAUGAAGAAACGCAAAGAAAGUGGAAGGAGUCGUUAGACUUCACAUCGCUACCAUCUUGGGAACAGUGCGCAAAGAUUCUCGAACGACGCUGUCAGUUUUUAGAGUCAGCAUCGGGCUCCCUCUCGUUUGGUGAUUCUGGAAAAUCCAGCUACAAACAGGAAAACAGGAACAAGCCGCCACGUAGGGGCUAUUCGUUUUCAUGUACAAGUCGCUCUUGCGCAUUAUGUUCUAAUUCAGACCACUUGAUUGGCAGUUGCUCUCGCUUCAAGCAAAUGGAGAUUGCUGACCGCUUCAAGGAGGUUAAAAGAUGUAAACAUUGUGCUCGUUCUCAUCACAGCCUACUUCAUCGUGCUCCUACUUCAAACAAAAUGCAGUCAGUAUCGCUUCCUACAUCAUCACUUGAGCAACCAACGCAACCUGUAAGUACUGCAGCUGCGCACACACAUCAAGAAAAAUCGCCACAAGAACAAGUCAUACUAGCAACUGCAGUGGUACUCAUCCGAGAUGCGUCUGGCUGUUUUCAAUUGGGUAGAGCGCUACUCGACUCCUGCCCCCAAAUCGCUUAUCAGCCAGAGGCUGAAUUUAAUAUCACAUCUUGGAACUUGCCUGCUAACAUUGAACUCGCCGACGAAAAUUUCUUCAAGCCAACACGUAUAGACCUACUCAUCGGCACAGAAAUCUUUUUCGACAUCCUGUCUAUUGGGCAAAUAAAGUUAGCACCUGGGUUACCGUCACUACAGAAGACUUUAUUAGGUUGGGUCGUCUCUGGCCGAUAUCAACGACCUAUAGAGAAUUCAUCAUCAAUUUGCCUACUGUCAGUUGAGGAAUCAGUGGAUGCCAAUUUGCAACGCCUCUGGAAGCUGGAUGAACCAUCAAAGGCAGACAUGUGGACCACUGAGCAAAGGAAUUGUGAACAAAGUUACAUGCAAACCGUGCAGAGAAACGUCGAGGGGAGAGUUGUUGUCAAGCUACCGUUUAAAGAGGCCCCUCAUUGUCUUGGCCAGUCGUACGCAACUGCACUUCGAAGAUUUAUUGCUCAGGAGCGGCGUAUAAUGCGCUGUCCUGACCUUCACCAACGAUACAUCGCAUUUAUGGAAGAGUAUUCCCGCCUUGGGCAUAUGAGCAUCGUUGAAAAUGUGGAUUUCGAUAAUCCACAUUACUAUGUGCCUCAUCAUUACGUCCUGAAGCCAACUAGCACAACAACUAAACUCAGGGUAGUAUUCGACGCCUCCUGCAAGAGUACAACCCAAAGAUCGCUCAACGAUAUUCUUGCUGUGGGGCCUACUCUGCAGAACGAUCUAUACAUCUUGCUACUACGGUUUCGAUUAUAUCGUUACACACUUACUGCUGACAUCGUAAAGAUUACGCCCCACGAUGAAAUACGCACUUACCAGUUAAACACGGUAACAUAUGGUACGGCGUCCGCUCCUUAUCUCGCUGUACAGAGCCUAAACUACAUUGCUGAUGCAUACGAAUCGGAGUAUGCGCUCGGUUCCAGCACAAUUAAAACGUCAUUCUACGUUGAUGAUCUUUUAUGCGGUGCCGAUACCCUGGCAGAGCUAUCGCGAAUCAAAUACGAAGUCACUGAGAUACUGAGGCGUGGUUGUUUCCCCUUGGCGAAGUGGCAUUCAAACCACCAUAAAUUUCGAGAAGAUGACACCAUGAAAGAUUUAAAUAUCGACGAAAGUUUUACAACGAGCACUUUAGGUAUAAAAUGGGAUCAAAUACGAGAUAUUUUCUUAUUUUCUUUUCAGUUGAAACAACCUGUAAAUGGACGUGGAACUAAGAGAUCAAUCUUAUCUAUUGCAUCAGCGCUUUUCGAUCCUUUGGGACUUCUCGCUCCGGUUAUUAUUACUGCAAAGAUGAUAUUACAAGAAAUAUGGCUUUUGAAGCUGAAUUGGGACGAGUCGGUGCCGCAGAACCUACAAACGGCUUGGGAACGAUUUCUCAAGGACAUAGCUCAUCUGAGUACGCUCUCAGUUCCAAGGUAUUCUGGAUCAACAAAUCACAACUCUUUACAAAUUCAUGGGUUUUGUGACUCGUCCAUUCGAGCCUAUGGCUGUGCUAUUUAUCUUCGCUUGAAAUCAACAGAAGGCAAACCUACUGUCACCCUUUUGACUGCCAAGUCGCGUGUAGCUCCAAUUAAGAAGCAAUCGCUACCUAAACUCGAGUUGUGUGGCGCCUUGCUGUUGGCACGUCUACUAGCAAAAAUAAAACCUCUAUUCAACGCCAACACCACUGUGUUUCUGUGGACUGAUUCACAAAUUGUGCUACAUUGGCUUGAACUGCACUCAGCUACCCUAUCAACAUUCGUCGGUAAUCGAGUGUCAGAGAUUCAAGAUCUCACAGCAGAUGCAAGUUGGCGGCAUGUCCCAACAAAGUGCAACCCGGCUGAUAUCGUGUCACGAGGCUGUACUGCACUUGAACUAAGCAAUUCAAUUUGGUUUUCAGGACCAUCAUUCUUACAACUUGAACCCGAAAACUGGCCCAGCAAUCAAUGUGGCCAACUCGAUACGGAAGAAGUUUCUCGAGAAAAACGUAAGUCAGCUUUUAAAGCAGUCAUCGAAGAAAACUACAUUUUGAAGCUUAGUACAGAAGACCUGGUGGCGAUUUGGGUAAAAGUGCCAACGAGCAAAGGUGAGCAUGAGGGAGUACUUGCCUCCGCUUACCUUCCAGGAGAUAAGGUUACUGCUCCAACAUGGGAGGUUAUAUUACAAAUGCGCACCACACAGCGUGGGGGAGCACAAACAUAA